AAUUCUGUGCCCUCUCCAUCCAAAUCUAGGGUUUCUGAUCCUUCACUAAAAAUUCUCCGAACAAGCCCUUUCUUUUUUUAGGGUUUUUCUGCGUUUCAUCAAGAAAUAAAUCAUGGGCAAGAAUAAUACGCGUUCUAACUUCUUAGAUUCUCCACCGUCAUCGUUAAGGAACGACCACAUGAAGAAGCCCCGACCUUCAUCAACCUCAAACCCUCCAACAACACAUUCAGCUCAAAAUCAGAAGCAACAACAACAACAAAAGGGUAAGCGUCCAAUCUUCCCUUCAUAUCUAGACACACCUAAUUUGCCACCCAAAGUUAAAUUACUCUGUGAAAUCAUAUCCAACACUCAUUCUUUGGGCAUCGAGGAAGUUCUUGAAAAAACUGGCAUUAGGGUUUAUCAACAAGAUGUUGAAGAGGUCCUGAAACUGUCCUACGGGUUCCCUGGCCCCGCCGUGAAGUUCUUCAAGUGGUCCGGAUUUCAACUCAAUGACCAGCAUAGUCCCUAUGCUUGGAACUUGGUUGUUGAUUUGUUGGGCAAGAAUGGUUUGUUCGACCCUAUGUGGGAUGCCAUUAAGUCGAUGAGGAAGGAAGGUUUGCUUUCUUUGGCUACAUUUGCAUCUGUUUUCGGUAGUUAUGUGAGUGCCGAUCGUGUUCCGGAAGCUAUCAUGACAUUUGAGGUUAUGGGUCAAUAUGGUUGUCCACCAGACAUUGUGGCAUUGAAUUCUCUACUUAGCGCGAUUUGUAGGAAUGGGAAGACAUCAAAAGCAAUGGAAUUUAUGAGUGUUGCCAAGUAUAAGAUUUUUCCGGACGCAGACUCAUAUGCAAUUUUGUUAGAGGGGUGGGAGAAUGAAGGGGAUGUAGAUGGUGCUAGAAAAACCUUUCAAGAAAUGGUGGUUGAGAUCGGGUGGAACCCUUUGAAUGUGCCUGCUUAUGAUUCGUUUAUGAUUACUUUGCUUAAGGAUCCCAAUGGUGGUAUGAGUGAAGCUAUGAAGUUCUUCCAAACAAUGACUGACAGGAGGUGUUAUCCGGGGAUGAAAUUCUUUAAGAUUGCUCUUGAGAACUGUGUGAAGAAAGGUGAUGCAAGGUUUGCUGAGUUGCUUUGGGGUUCAAUGGUUGGGAAGAAUGAUUUUCGACCCAAUACCGAGAUGUAUAAUUCAAUGCUUGUUUUACAUUGUUAUCCUAAGGAGCCUGAUGCUGCUGAAAAGUUGUUGGACGAGAUGGUUAGUUAUGGUGCUUUCCCGGAUUCUCAAACUUAUAAUGUGUUGUUUCAGUUCUUGGUUAAGAAUAGGAGGUUAAGGGAGGCUUCACCAUUAUUUAUGGAGAUGAUUAAAAAUGAGUGUGUCCCAAGCCACUCAAAUUGUGGAUCAGCAGUGAGGAUAUACAUGGAAAAUAAAGACCCGUAUAUCGCGAUAAAAAUUUGGAAAUGCAUGAUUGAGAAUUAUGAUUCGGACUUGGAGGAAACUGGGAAUUUGUUAGUUCUGGGGCUUCGUGAUAUAAAUAGAGUCCCGGAAGCUGUUAAGUAUGCUGAGGAUAUGAUUGAUCGAGGCAUCAAGUUGAAGUCUUCCACUUUGGCAAAGUUGAAACAAAGCUUGUCUGUAGAAAAGAAGCCUUUUGUCUAUGAUGAACUUUUGAGAAAGUGGAAAACUCGAUAGGAUUACAUGAUUUGGUAGGAAGUAGAAAACGUCAGCUUAUGCUAUCAAGGCCGUAUGAUAUUCCUUCCAAGCAAGAGAAUAGUUGGGAUGGAGAUGAAGAAAAGUGAGAGCAUACUGCAACCAAUGCGUCAUGACUUGAAUGAGUGGAAUCAAGAAUAUCGGCACUUGACAAUGUCUCAGGAGCAGACCAAAAGAAGGAUGAAGGGUUAAAAGUUAAGAAAGCUCUUGGUGAAGAUACUUUUUAUUAAAGUUUUGGGAAGAGAUGAGGUUGUAUUUUUUUGGUGUCAAAUUUUGAGUUAGCUGUAUGGCGUACAAUUUGAAUGCAGUUAAUGACAGUUUGAUAAAGAAAAUUAGAAAUGCAGCUUCUGAUUUCUGGAGGUUCUACAUUUUAGCAACAACAACAAUAGCUUCCACAUUAUUCAGAAAUAGAGGUUCAGUUACAAGUAGCCCCAGGAAUCAAAUGGAUGGCAUGAUGUUGCGUGUGUUUCAAGCUCGGACAGAUGAUGCUUUCUUAAGACUAAGGUCGGCUGGCAGGCCAUUCUGCAAAUGAACCUGGUACUCGAGCUUGGAUAUUAUUUAAUGAAUUGAGACCAGUGGAAUCCUUAACCCCAUCUCAUUAUUUAGGCUUUUGUUUUAAUACAUCUUUGAGAAAAAAGGUAAAGCUAGGUAAAAAGGAUUUUGUUUACAUUGUUUCAUCAAAGUUCAUAAGUUGGUUGCCUGUUCCUGUGUAUGACCUACCCCCCAGUUCUCCAAAUAUAGUGGCAUAAUGUGUGGGUGUGGCCCUUUGGGUUGGUUGAAUGUUUGUUUUGCCUCAAA